GGGAAGUAUAAUAAUAAUAAUAAUUAUUAUUAUUGUUAAUAGUGGUUUAUUUUUGAGCCGCCUUGCAUUUCUCUCUCUGCAGGCUGCUGCACCACUUGUAUUAGUAAUAUAUAUUCAUGCUCAUGCAUAUUCUUGAAAGUAUAUAAUCACAUGUGCCGGAGGGAAUUCAUUUAAAGACUCGAUUUUUAUUUUAUUUUUUUUGUAUAUGGGCUUGAGGGGAUUCGCUUAAAGGAUUGAUUUUUGUUUAUGGGUUCUUGAUUCAACUUUAUUCAAACAAGUACCACCAAAACUAGAAAUUGUUCCCAAUUGUGGGAUUUGAAUUAGGGAAGAGGUGAAUCUUGGCAUUGAAGUCGAAAACCAUGGCGGCACUUGCUGCGGAGGACUUGGCGGCAGCCAGGUCACUCAGCCGCAGAUCCGCCAGUCGGCGGAUCAGUUUCGCAUCUGUGAGCACUAGGAGUUGGGCUUCGGCUAGUGUGAGGGAGGUUUUCACUGCACCGGGGCAAGAUGCUUUUCAGAGAAGUGGGAGAGAAUACGAUGAUCAAGAGGAGCUUAUGUGGGCCGCCAUUGAGAGGCUCCCGACUUACGAUCGUACGAGGAAAGGUAUUCUCAAGCAAGUGAUGGAUGACGGUAAAAUCGUUCGCGAGGAGGUCGAUUUUGCCAAUCUCGGAAUUCAAGAAAAGAAGCAUCUACUGGAGAAUAUACUCAAAGUUGUUGAUGAUGAUAAUGAGAGGUUCUUGCAGAGGCUCAGAGAUAGAACUGACAGGGUUGGAAUUGAUGUUCCGAAAGUGGAAGUUCGUUUUGAGCAUCUUUCGAUUGAAGGAGAUACAUAUGUUGGAUCGAGGGCACUUCCUACUAUUUUGAACUCUGCCUUGAAUCUGGUCGAGGGAAUCUUUGAAAAAAUAAAGAUUCUACCUUCGAAGAAAAGGGCCGUCAAAAUACUCCACGAUAUCAGCGGAGUUGUAAAACCUUCAAGGAUGACACUACUUCUCGGACCACCUGGCUCGGGGAAAACUAUAUUGCUCAAGGCUCUUGCCGGGAAGCUGGACAACGAUCUUCGGGUAGAUGGAAAUAUCACUUACUGUGGUCACGAGCUGUCGGAAUUCAUUCCUCAGAGGACAUGCUCUUACAUAAGCCAACACGACCUUCACCACGGAGAGAUGACUGUAAGAGAGACACUAGAUUUUUCGGGGCGUUGCUUAGGUGUCGGGACAAGAUACGACCUCCUCGUAGAACUUUCUAGAAGAGAAAAAGAGGCCGGAAUUAAACCCGACCCGGAAAUCGAUGCAUUCAUGAAGGCCACAGCUGUAUCUGGCCAAGAAUCUAGUCUUGAAACGGACUAUGUUCUUAAGAUUCUUGGAUUAGAUAUAUGCGCUGAUAUAUUAGUCGGAGAUGAAAUGAGAAGAGGAAUCUCCGGUGGACAGAAGAAACGUCUCACAACUGGUGAAAUGUUGGUGGGACCCGCGAAAGUUUUCUACAUGGACGAAAUCUCGACCGGUCUCGAUAGUUCGACCACGUUUCAAAUAAUCAAGUACAUGAGACAGAUGGUUCAUAUCAUGGAUGUGACAAUGAUAAUAUCCCUCCUCCAGCCUGCACCCGAAACUUUCGAGCUAUUCGAUGACAUCAUCUUGCUGUCAGAAGGACAGGUCAUCUACCAAGGCCCCCGAGAAAACAUCCUCGAGUUUUUCGAGAGCGUCGGAUUCAAAUGCCCCGAUAGAAAAGGAGUGGCGGAUUUCUUACAAGAAGUCACUUCCGUAAAGGACCAAGAGCAGUACUGGUUCAAGAAAGACGAGCCUUACCGGUUCAUUUCGGUGGCGGAGUUUGUCGACUGCUUCAGCUCUUUCCACGUAGGACAGAAGAUAUGCGAUGAACUGGCUGUACCUUACGACAAAACGAAAGCACAUCCAGCUGCAUUGGUCACCGAAAAAUACGGGAUUUCGAACAUGGAGCUUUUGAAGGCGAAUUUGGCGAGGGAGUGGCUCUUGAUAAAGAGAAACUCGUUCUUGUACAUAUUCAAGAUUUUCCAGAUAACUAUAAUGUCUUUGAUCACUUUCACGGUUUUCUUCCGGACGGAGAUGAAAUCUGGGUCGUUGAUCGAUGGAGGGAAAUUCUACGGUGCUCUGUUUUUCAGUCUUAUUAAUGUGAUGUUUAACGGAACUGCUGAGCUGGCGUUGACGGUUCUUCGACUCCCUGUGUUCUUCAAACAGAGGGAUGCUCUGUUUUACCCUGCUUGGGCUUUUUCUUUACCGAUUUGGCUUCUUAAAAUCCCGCUCUCGUUGGUGGAAUCUAUGAUUUGGGUUGUUCUUACUUAUUACACAAUCGGAUUUGCUCCCGGUGCUGAUAGGUUUUUCCGACAAUUUCUGGCGUUCUUUGCUCUGCAUCAGAUGGCUUUAUCUCUGUUCCGAUUUCUUGCUGCAAUUGGACGAACGCAGGUUGUUGCAAAUGUACUGGCUACCUUCAGUUUGCUAAUGGUCUUUGUUCUUGGUGGUUUUAUUAUUGCAAAAGACGACAUUAAACCGUGGAUGAUAUGGGGCUUUUAUCUUUCUCCUAUGAUGUACGGUCAGAAUGCUAUUGCCAUAAACGAGUUUCUUGAUAAAAGAUGGAGCGCACCUAACAUCGAUGAAAGGUUUACCGAACCAACAGUCGGAAAAGUUCUUCUUAAAAUGAGGGGCAUGUAUACGGAGGACUAUAUGUACUGGGUCUGCGUUAUUGCUCUGUUUGCAUUCUCGAUUAUCUUCAACGUCUUAUUCAUUCUCGCACUGACGUACCUAAAUCCAUUUGGAGAUUCGAGAUCUGUUACUGUGGACGAAGAUACUAAAAAGAAGGAAAGCGUUGGCAAAGCUAUUCCUAUGAGGAAUAAAUCCGAAGGAAGAAAAGGAAUGGUGCUUCCUUUCACCCCCUUGUCACUAGCGUUCGACCGUGUCAACUACUACGUCGACAUGCCAGCUGAAAUGAAAAAAACCGGGAUGGAAGAAACUCGCCUCCAACUACUAAGAAAUGUGAGCGGAGCAUUCCGGCCCGGAGUGCUCACAGCCUUGGUCGGCGUGAGCGGGGCCGGCAAAACAACGUUGAUGGAUGUUUUGGCGGGAAGAAAAACUGGCGGGCAAAUCGAAGGCAGCAUCAGCAUCUCCGGUUACCCAAAGAAUCAAUCCACCUUUGCACGUGUCAGCGGAUACUGCGAACAAACCGACAUCCACUCUCCUCACGUCACCGUUUACGAGUCCGUUGUGUACUCCGCUUGGCUCCGUCUCUCUCCCGACGUUGAUAAAGAAACACGAAAAAUGUUUGUCGAGGAAGUGAUGGAGUUGAUUGAGUUGAACCCGUUGAAGAAUGCUUUGGUGGGCUUACCUGGAGUGGAUGGUUUGUCGACUGAGCAGAGAAAGAGGCUCACAAUAGCGGUUGAAUUAGUUGCUAAUCCUUCGAUUAUUUUCAUGGACGAACCUACUUCUGGGCUCGAUGCUAGAGCUGCUGCUAUUGUUAUGAGAGCUGUGAGGAACACUGUCGAUACGGGAAGAACCGUUGUGUGCACUAUUCAUCAACCCAGUAUAGAUAUUUUUGAAGCUUUCGACGAGCUAUUGUUGAUGAAGAGAGGAGGACAAGUUAUUUACGGUGGACCACUCGGUCAUCAUUCUCGUCUUUUAGUCGAAUACUUUCAAUCUGUGCCUGGACUUCCCGAGAUCAAAGAAGGUUACAAUCCCGCGACCUGGAUGCUCGAUGUCACCACUCCUGCAAUUGAGGCUCAACUCAACGUCGAUUUUGCCGAAAUUUACACCAACUCUGAGUUGCACAAGAGGAACGAAGAACUGAUUAAACAACUGAGUGUUCCAGCACCUGGUUCGCAAGAUUUACAUUUCCCGAAUAAAUACGCACAGUCUUUCAGUUCGCAGUGCAACGCUUGCUUCUGGAAGCAGCAUUUGUCGUACUGGAGGCAUACGCAGUAUAAUUCCAGUAGGUUCUUUAUGACUACGAUUAUCGGAAUUAUAUUCGGAGUCAUAUUUUGGAACAAGGGCACGCAAUUAUCGAAGCAACAAGAUCUGAUGAAUCUACUUGGAGCAAUGUACUCUGCUGUUAUGUUUCUUGGAGGCACGAACACUUCUGCCGUACAAUCAGUCGUAGCGGUCGAACGAACUGUUUUCUAUCGUGAAAAGGCUGCCGGAAUGUAUUCGGCUUUACCUUAUGCAUUUGCUCAGGUGGCGAUCGAGACAAUUUACGUAGCGAUACAGACUUUCGUGUACAGCCUUGUCCUUUACUCGAUGAUUGGGUUCGAGUGGAAGGUGGAGAAAUUCUUUUGGUUCUAUUUCUUCGUGUUUAUGUGCUUCAUCUACUUCACGGCGUACGGUAUGAUGCUUGUGGCCCUCACUCCAAAUUACGCAAUCGCCGCAAUCGUCAUGUCGUUUUUCCUCAGCUUCUGGAAUUUAUUCUCCGGCUUCCUCAUUCCACGAACGGAAAUUCCGAUAUGGUGGAGAUGGUAUUACUGGGCAUCUCCAGUUUCGUGGACGAUAUACGGACUGGUGACGUCACAAGUAGGCGACAAGAGUGAUUUGAUUCAAGUACCUGGGCUUGUCGGAGAUAUUCCGGUCAAAGAGUAUUUGGAACGAUUUUUGGGCUAUAAAUACGACUUCUUGGGAGCUGUGGCCGGAGCACAUGUUGGUUGGGCUAUUUUCUUCUGCUUUGUGUUUGCUUAUGGUAUCAAGUACCUCAAUUUCCAGAGGAGGUGAUGAAAUUAAAUUUAAGCCAUAUUUUAUUCUUUAUAAGAUUUGUAUUAUAUAUUUUUUUUUGGUUUUUUUUUGUUUUGUUUUUGUUUAUGAAGUGUACAAUGUUUUGUUUGUUUGUUUUAUGAAAAUAAUCAUAUGUUGAUUGAGUUUAAAGAUUUUUUUUUUAUUCUUGUCUUGUGGAGAUAA